GUCAGGAGAACUAAAUAUUAAACUCUGGUCAAGCUGGCGGUGGUGGUUAUUCAAAAUAAACAAUUAAUACUGAAAGAAACAACUGAAGCAACUUGCCUAAAGACGAGUGAAGACUGAAAUUGCCGAAAAGAAAAGAAAAAGUCCCCUGAAAAAUGUUAGUAAAUUCAAGAGUUCUCUAAUUGGCCCAUUUCCAGUCCGUACUGUGCUAGCUCCACUCCCUGCUUCAUAGUCAGCCAGUCAGACUAGCAUUCCAUUUCACAUUCUACAGCUCCACUCCAAAGGAGGAAGCCGAUGAAAUAAAGGAGAGGUCUAGGAUGCUAGCUUUUGCUAAGAAACAAAAGAAAGGAUACUAACCCAAAUAGAAAGAAAGAGAGAAGCAAAUAGAUAGAAAUGAGAGCUGAUUUGUCAAAUGUUCUGUUGGUCCCAAUCAUCAUCUGCUCCAUUUCAUUUGUUUGGAUUUCUGGGUUCGCAGCAACUACCUCCAAUUAUAAGCUUCACCCUUCUGAAGUGAAGGCAUUAAGAGAUAUAGGUAAGAAGUUGGGGAAGAAAGGCUGGGAUUUCGGGAAAGAUCCUUGCAGUGGAGAAGGGAAUUGGGUUGUUACUGAUAGCAGGAAAGGGUUUGAGAGCUAUGUGAUUUGUGACUGCCCAAUUAGUGCCAGUGCCAGUGCUGUUGCAGUUCAUGGUACUAUCAAUCUCAUCAACUCCACUACCUCCAGUUCCACUUGCCAUGUCACCUCAAUAAGUUUGAAGUCUCAAAACUUGUCUGGAACUCUCCCACCGGAAUUCUCGAGGCUUCGCUUCCUUAAAUCACUGGAGCUCAGUAAAAAUAUACUGUCUGGUACCGUACCUCCCCAAUGGGCUACCUUGCCUUUGGUAGAGCUCUAUGUUAUGGGCAACCGGCUAUCCGGUCCAUUUCCAAAAGUUCUUGCCAACAUUACCACUCUCAGAAACCUGAGCAUUGAAGCUAACCAAUUUUCAGGACCAAUUCCCCCAGAAAUUGGGAAAAUGAUAAACAUGGAGAGACUUCAUAUAAAUUCAAAUGCAUUCACUGGAAAGUUACCUGUUCAACUUACCAAGUUGGUUAACUUGACUGAUCUGAGGAUAAGUGAUAAUAACUUUUCCGGUAGGAUUCCGAACUUCAUCAACAAAUUGAUAAAGCUUGAAAAAUUACAAAUACAAGGUUGCUCUCUGGAGGGCCCUAUACCUUCUACCAUUUCAUCAUUGACAAGCUUAACUGAUCUGCGGAUCACAGACUUAAAAGGUAGGGAUUCAUCCUUCCCGCCACUCCAGGAUAUGGAAGCUCUGAAGACGCUGGUUCUACGGAGCUGUUUGCUGUCAGGAGACAUCCCUGAGUACCUGAGCUACAUGAAAAAACUGAAAACUCUUGAUCUCAGCUUCAACAAUCUGACUGGAGAACUUCCAGAAUCUUUUGGUCGGCUUGCCAAAGCAGAUAUCAUCUACUUGACCAGAAACAAACUCAGAGGAUCUAUACCACAAUGGAUCUUGGAGAGAAAUAAGAUUGUGGAUAUUUCGUACAAUAAUUUCACCUGGGGAAGCUCAAGUCCAACGGAAUGUCCAAGAGGAAGCGUAAAUUUAGUGGAGAGUUAUUCCUCCUCAACAACUAAACUGAGCAGAAUUCAUCCUUGCUUGAGACAGAAGUUUCCAUGUUGUAUGUCCAAAAAACAAUACCGUUACUCGCUACAUAUUAACUGCGGUGGUAAGGAAACGGGCCUGAAUAACACCUUCUAUGAAGCUGAUAGAGAACCUAGAGGUGCUUCCAUGUACUACUCCAGUCAGAACUGGGCAAUGAGCAGCACUGGGCACUUUGUGGACAAUGAUGUCGAUGCAGACACCUAUAUUCAAUACAACAACUCUGCUAUUAUAUCCACAGAAUCUGCUCCCAACUCCCAACUCUAUACAACAGCACGCGGCUCUCCUAUCGCUCUCACUUACUAUGGACUUUGCCUUGGAAAUGGGAACUACACCGUGAAACUUCACUUUGCAGAGAUUGUUUUCACAAACGAUAGUUCAUUCUUUAGUGUCGGAAAGCGAAUGUUUGAUGUCUAUGUACAGGACAAGUUGGUGCUGAAGGAUUUCAACAUUGAAGCUGAAGCUGGUGGCCCUGCUAGGCCAAUAAUAAAGACAUUCACAGUUUCUGUAACAAGCAAUACACUAAAGGUCCACUUUUAUUGGGCUGGAAGAGGGACAACAGGGAUACCCUCAAGAGGAAUUUACGGUCCUCUCAUAUCUGCUAUAUCAGUCGAUCCAAACUUCGUCCCACCUUCUCCUGAUAGCAGCAGAAGGCAGCAUGUCAUCAUCAUUGCUGGAGCUGCUGCCGGAGCAUUUUUAAUAGUGCUUCUUCUCCUGGGUAUACUCAGGAGAAAUGGAUUGUUGGGAGGCCAACCAGCUGAAGACAAAGAGCUACGAGGACUGCUAGACCUGCAAACAGGGCUAUUCACACUAAGGCAGAUAAAAACAGCUACCAAUAAUUUUGAUGCUGUAAAUAAACUUGGGGAAGGUGGUUUUGGUUGUGUUUAUAAGGGAGAGUUAGCAGAUGGAACAAUUAUUGCAGUGAAGCAGCUGUCCUCGAAAUCGAAGCAAGGAAACCGUGAAUUCGUAACCGAGGUAGGCAUGAUAUCUGCACUGCAACAUCCCAAUCUAGUAAAGCUGUAUGGAUGCUGUGUAGAGGGAAACCAAUUGAUUCUCAUAUACGAGUACAUGGAGAACAACUGUCUAUCCCGCGCACUGUUUGGAAAGGAUCCAGCGUGCAGGUUGAAGCUAGACUGGCCUACGAGGCAGAAAGUUUGCUUGGGGGUGGCCAGAGGUCUGGCCUACCUUCACGGGGAAUCAAGAAUCAGAAUUGUGCAUAGGGACAUCAAGACGAGCAAUGUGUUGCUUGAUAAGGAUAUGAGUGCCAAAAUCUCCGAUUUCGGAUUGGCAAAGCUACAUGAAGAUGAGGAUACCCACAUUAGCACUAGAGUUGCUGGAACCAUAGGCUAUAUGGCUCCUGAAUAUGCUAUGCGUGGGUGCUUGACCAGCAAGGCAGACGUGUAUAGCUUUGGAGUAGUUGCAUUGGAAAUUGUCAGUGGAAAGAGCAACACAAAUUACAGACCUAAAGAAGAAUAUGUUUACCUUCUUGACUGGGCGUAUGUAUUACAAGAGAGGGGAAGCCUGUUGGAACUGGUUGAUCCCUUGUUGGGUUUAGAUUACUCGUCAGAGGAGGCAAUGCUGAUGUUGAAUGUGGCUCUCUUAUGCACCAACGCCUCCCCAACUCUCAGGCCAACGAUGUCUCAAGUGGUGAGCAUGCUGGAAGGCAGAACAGCAAUCCAAGACCUGCUCUCGGACCCUGGUUAUUCCGCCAACAGAUCGAAGUACAAGGCCAUAAGGAAUCACUUCUGGCAGAAUCCAAGUAUGACUCAUACCAUGUCAGCGGACGAGGAUGGAUAUACCAAUUACUCAAGUACGCAGAUAGAAGUAGAAGAAGCUGGCAGUUUGUUAAGAGGAGGCUCCCUGACCAUUGAAGACUAGCUGGUAAUAACUUUGUGUAGUGUCAUUUUGUCUGACAUUUUAGUGAACGUAAAUGUCCCUUUGUACAUGGCUACAUGCUUAGUUUUUAGAUCCUUCCUCUUGGCCGUAAGGCAUUUUGGUGACCUAAGAUAGAGCACCUUAGAUAUGUAUGCAAUUUGAAACCAUAAGAUUCAAGGUGUGGGCAGCAAUAAGAGAUUGCGACGGGGCUCGUGCACCGGGCCCUGACGGUUUUACGUUGGCAUUCUAUAAGAAAUAUUGGCCUCAAUGGCAUGUAACAAAAAAGGUCCUGCUCAAAGUAGUGGAUGAUUUUUACUUCUCUUACUCAAUGUCGGAUAGCAAUGAUUUCGUACCUAUUAACCUAAUUGGUAGCUUGAAUAAGGUCAUUUCAAAGGC